AUGGACGUGGGACUGGGCAUUGGGCGCAAUGUGGCGGAACUGACGCCCACAACGCACACCGGAGCUGGUGAUCAUAGCGCGCACGUCUUGGCCGAGGCCUAUCGGGAGGGGCUGAGCGGUAACCGGGACCCGGAGGACCUGGGCGCCGAGUUUCUCCAGCAAAGCAUGGACACCACUUUGGACUGCACAACCGCAGACCUUCGCGACGAGGAGGUCCAGAUUCAAGUGCUCGGCGCCAUGGGAGGUGCGCCGGUCUUCGUGACGGCAUCAGGUUAG